UCUCUCACACUAGUCUACGGAGCUCGCGCGCCCUGCCCUCUUUUUUCCCUCCCUCUCACAGUGCGCGGCGCUGGAAGCGCGUGUCGGCAGCGCGCAUCUCCAUCUACAGCAACCACACGCUUCUCCAUCCAUCCUUCAUCCUUCCGUGAUUGUGUCGCAGGAGGACUAAAGCAUGGGGGAACAUGGAACAGCGCGGUGCUGCGCCUCCUAAAGCCGAGCCGCCGAAACCUCCUGCUCUCCAUUCAUCCUGAGGAGCUCGGAAGCUCGGAAGAUCAGCGGGGCUGACCGGAGGAGAGUUACAUACCUGAGCCAAGAAACAUGGAUCCAUCCUCAAGCAGUCAGCAGUACGGCGCCAAGAAACGCGUCAAAAUACACCCCAAUACAGUCACUGUAAAAUAUGCCACGCACUUCCCUCAGCCGGGGGACGAGGGCUACGACGAUGCACCCUCCUUUGAGGACUUUGGCUCCUUUAUGGAAAGCAACCCCAGCAAGAGGCUGGUGACGGACCCUGGCCACGGGAGGACUUUCUUUGGAACUAUGGACGUGCGUCCGAAACCAUCAGGGGAGCAGAAGGAUAAAGGAGUAGGCAGCCAGCUGGCUAGUUUUGGUGAGGCAUCGGUUUUAGCAUCGCGGGUCACCUGGGGAGCGCUGUUUGGUGCUGCGGUGGCUCACGGGUGUGUAGCUCUGAUCACACGACUUGCGGCCGACCGAUCCAAAGUGCCCUCCUUAGAGCUCAUUUUCAUCCGCUCUGUCAUUCAAGUGUUGUCCAUAUUAGUGGUCCUGUACAACAAGGAAGCCCCGUUCGGUCCAAAGGGCUACCGUUUGCGUCUCUUCUUCUACGGGGUUUGCAACGUCAUUUCCAUCACGUGCGCCUACACGUCAUUCGCUAUCGUCCCACCUAGCAACGGGACCAUCAUGUGGAGAGCCACGACGACAGUGUUCAGCGCCAUCUUGGCCUUCCUCCUUUUGGAUGAGCGCCUCGGAUACACGGAUAUAGUCACGGUAGUGGGCAGCCUCUUUGGGCUGUGCCUGGUCAUGAUCCCAAACAUCGCAGACGAGGAGAAAUCACCCCUGGGCUUCUGGAAGGAGGCGUUCGGGUACACCAUGACCGUGAUGGCUGGGCUGACGGCUGCGCUAUCGAUGAUCGUGUACCGUGCCAUCAAGGAGCGUGUCAGCAUGUGGACGGCACUGUUCACCUUCGGCUGGACGGGAACCGUGUGGGGAGCGUCCACCAUGUUCGCCAUGCAGGAGCCAAUCAUCCCUUUGGAUGGCGAGACAUGGGGCUAUCUGAUUGGCAUCUGUAUCUGCUCCACUGUGGCAUUUCUCGGGGUUUACUACGCCCUGAACAAGUUCCACCCUGCUCUAGUGAGCACCGUGCAGCACCUGGAGAUUGUUGUGGCCAUGUUCCUGCAGCUCGUCGUGCUGCGCAUGGUACCAUCCGCUUACGACAUCUUUGGUGCUUUGGUCAUCAUGAUCAGCGUGUUUGUUCUCACAGGCCUCAAGCUUUACUGGGUGGGGCGGGCCAUUCGACAGGAUUACCAGGAAAUCUUGGACUCACCAAUCAAAUGAGAAUGCUGUCGACGUGUCCGUGUUUGUAUGUUUGUUUGUACAUGCGUGUACAAUAUGUGGGUGUGUGACAGUGUGUAAGGCUCUGUGUGUGUGUGUGUGUGUAUGUUUGUAACAGUGUUUCCCCAGGCAUCCCCGCUUCCUCCGGCACUCUAAAUGUGCAAUCGAUGAAUGUCUUAAUAUUCUAUUUAUUUUGUAUAGUGUUGUUGAAAGAGUGCCAAUGAUAUCAUGUCUUUGCUAAGUGUUGGUGUGUACAAUAAAAAAAAAGACAAAAGAAAAAAGAAAAGAUC